AAAAUCAACUUUAUUCCAUUACUAUUUCGUUCCUCGAGAUUGAUUUGGGUUUGAAGAACAGAGAGAGACAGUGAGAAAGAUUGCGAGAUGCAUCUAUGGCCGUCAGCAGCGCUGAGGGAUUCGUUCAAGGUUUCUUAUCUGAAGAAACUCGAAUGGAAUCUCCAUAGGAUGAACAGCGAGAAGCGGUCUUAGACUCCGACCAAUGGACAGAAGCUCUUGGACAACAAAGAGGUUGCCGACGACGCUGUCGCAGCGGAGGUGUCCGUGUCUAAUAUCGCCUCUGGUGCCUUCUCGUUCUUCAGAGACACGCUGAUGGUCCUUUCUUGCUUCUGCUGUGGAUGUACUUACUCCUCUCUUCUUGCUCUUGCGAAAUUCUCUUGAUAUUUGAAAUUUAUAUGGUUGGGGUAUUGGGGUUUUGAUUUAGAUGCGAAAGUUUGUAAAUUGAGGGUUUCGAAUUUUCCAAUUGAAAUUUCGAUGGUUGCUGAGUUUAGGAUAGUUAGUGUUAGGGUUUAUGAAAUUGCUUCUUAUUAGAGCAGAUUCUCACCUUGCAAUUCCUUAUUAUAUUAUGCUUUAUCUUUAUAGAAAUGAUUGCUGCUGAAGGAUUCUGGUUCGAUAAAUGUCUAUGUUUGCAUAAAAAAUCCUCAUUGAUGUCACUGCCUGAGCAAAAAAAGGUUGAAGAAAUUGAGUUUUUGUAAUUUAAACAGAUGUAUAGUCAUUUUACUAUAGCUUGAUCUUUCUUCAUUCUUGUUUUUAUUUUUGAAUGGUUCAAUGAAGAAUCAAAGGCAACACCACUGACACCUACUUCCAGCCUUACCUGUUGCAGUCUGAAGCCGGUUGAGUGUAAUAUAAAUUGAGAUUGUUUUUGGCCAUAUAAGUGGUAAUUGUUGAGUAGACAUCUAAUUGGAUCUGUUUAAGGUUAUAUAGGAAGGACUGUGAGAGUGCAGAGAAAUGGAGAGUGAGAUGAUUAAGAAUUGCUGUUGUUGUUUUGUCUCCUAAUUGUUUCAACUUAAUUACUCUCAUGAGAAGAAAAAUUUUCAGGUCGAAGAGGAUCGAGAGAGAGAACGACCUCGGUGAGAAGAUGAAAAUCUGAUGUAGAACAAAAGAAGUAUGAGGAU